UCUCUGCUUUUAUAACAUCCCCUAAAUUCCCUCCCAACAAUCCAAUUAAAACCCAAGCUCUCAAUUUAGCAGCCAAUUCCGACUCUCGGUUCUUGUAUUCUUUUCACCGGAUCAUGUGGAACCAGCCUUACCGGAAAAAUGAUACGGAGGCCGGACCGAGGCCUUUGUAUCCUAUGAUGUUAGAACCCGCGGAGAUGAGGUGGGCGUUUAUCCGGAAAAUUUACUCCAUCAUUGCUGUUCAGUUGUUUGCUACAAUCGCGGUGGCUGCCACGGUGGUUACUGUCCAUCCGAUUUCUAAUUUCUUCGUCAGUACUGGCGCCGGCUUGGCUCUUUAUAUUGUCCUAAUUAUCACGCCUUUCAUUACUUUGUGUCCAUUGUAUUACUAUUACCAGAAGCAUCCAGUGAACUAUCUUUUGCUUGGAGUUUUCACAGUUUCUUUAGCUUUUGCUGUUGGAUUGACGUGCGCUUUUACCAGUGGGAAGGUUAUUUUGGAGUCGGUGAUUUUGACGACCGUCGUGGUGGUGGCUCUAACCCUUUACACCUUCUGGGCUGCAAAGAGAGGUCAUGAUUUCAACUUCCUCGGCCCUUUCCUGUUCGGUGCUGUCCUUGUUCUUAUGGUUUUCGCUCUGAUCCAGAUACUGUUCCCUCUGGGUAGAAUCUCGGUGAUGAUAUACGGGUGUUUGGCCUCCAUCAUCUUCUGCGGCUAUAUCAUAUAUGACACCGACAACUUGAUCAAGCGAUAUUCUUAUGAUGAGUACAUAUGGGCUGCUGUAUCUUUGUAUUUGGACAUCAUUAAUCUCUUCCUCGCAUUGCUUACUGUUUUCAGAGCUGCAGAUAGUUGAAAAAUGGACAUCACUGUAAGUAGGCUAUAUACAGACUAUUUUUUUUCUCUUUUUCAGGUGAAUGUCACCCUAAAUGUAAUGUUUCGUGUUUAGUCUUCUUUUUCUCCCCUCUUUUGUAGGUGGUAAAUGUGAAUGAUGGUUUAGAAAGGGGUUGAAUGGAAGAUUCUGAUGUCAAGAUAUGGGAAUUGUUGAUAAUAACACAAAAAAUUCCAAGA